UCCCUCUGAUUGGCCGUGUCGGUGCGGGCUGGGAUGUUCUGUUCUAACAGAACCAGCGGGUCAGGCGGCUCCGCUCGGCCGCCGAUCACGGCGUUUCGGCGGGUUGUGCGGCUCUCGCCACGUUUUAUAUCCACAGCAGCAGCGACGGGCCCCCUCGCCGCGCGCGUCCUGCGCGUGACGCUUAAGUGAAGCGCGAGCGAUCGAGAUGAUAUCGUAGCCGGGCGCGCUGGAAGACUUUAACUCCUCUUUCGAGCAUCAAAACAGCCGCCAUGGCUGGAAUCUGUAGCAGCUCCACAUCUGGGAUGGGUGACAUCAUCCAGCUCAACGUCGGCGGAACGAGAUUUAGCACAUCCAGACAGACUCUCAUGUGGAUUCCAGACUCUUUCUUCUCAAGUUUGCUCAGUGGGAGAAUAUCAACACUACGGGAUGAAACUGGAGCUAUAUUUAUUGACAGGGACCCGACAGCAUUCGUGCCUAUUUUAAACUUCCUUCGGACGAAGGAAUUAGAUCUAAGGGGCGUUAAUAUCAGCAUUUUGCGGCAUGAAGCUGAGUUUUAUGGAAUUACACCUAUAGUUCGACGUUUGCUGUUAUGUGAGGAGCUUGAACGAUCGUCAUGUGGAAGUGUGCUUUUUCAUGGCUACCUCCCACCUCCAGCUAUUCCGGCCCGCAAAGCUGCUGGUGGGCAGGCUGCAGCUGCUGCCGGCCAGGAGGAGCGCCCAGGCCCCAGUGGAGCGGAGGGGGGCUUCCCACGCUCCUGCCCACAGUCAGCCCUGCCUGGGCCUUCUGGAGGAGAGGAGUCAACAAGACUUGCAGGAUCACCAGUGGAUCCCAGGAAGGUGUUAAUAGUCGCUGGCCAUCAUAACUGGAUUGUUGCUGCCUACGCUCAUUUCGUCAUUUGUUACAGGAUAAAGGAAUCCUCAGGAUGGCAGCAGGUGUUCUCCAGUCCUUACCUGGACUGGGCCAUUGAGCGUGUGGCCCUUAAUGCGAAAGUGGUAGGUGGUCCCCAUGGAGACAAAGAUAAGAUGGUGGCGGUGUCGUCAGAAAGCAGGAUCAUUCUGUGGAGUAUACAGGAUGGUGGAAGUGGGAAUGAGAUAGGUGUGUUCAGUCUCGGAGUGCCUGUCGACUCUCUGUUCUUCAUUGGGAGUCAGUUGGUCGCCACCAGUCAUACCGGGAAGGUUGGGGUGUGGAAUGCAGUCACUCAGCACUGGCAAGUGCAGGACGUUGUGCCCAUUACAAGCUGUGACACUGCAGGGUCCUUUCUUCUCCUGGGUUGCAACAAUGGCUCUAUUUACUACAUUGACAUGCAGAAGUUCCCACUGAGGAUGAAGGACAACGAUCUCCUGGUGACCGAGCUCUACCAUGACCCCUCAAAUGAUGCCAUCACAGCACUCAGUGUCUACUUAACACCCAAAACCAGUGUGAGUGGAAACUGGAUAGAGAUCGCUUAUGGCACCAGUUCAGGGGCAGUGCGGGUAAUAGUGCAACACCCAGAGACAGUAGGGUCUGGGCCACAACUCUUCCAGACCUUCACGGUCCACCGCAGCCCUGUCACUAAAAUCAUGCUGUCUGAGAAGCACCUGGUGUCAGUGUGUGCCGACAAUAACCACGUGCGAACGUGGACAGUUACGCGCUUCAGAGGCAUGAUCUCCACCCAGCCGGGAUCAACGCCGCUGGCUUCCUUUAAGAUCAUCUCCCUGGAAGAGACGGAGAGUCACAGCAGCUACUCCUCUGGCAACGACAUAGGUCCUUUUGGGGAGAGAGAUGACCAACAAGUGUUUAUUCAGAAAGUUAUCCCCAUAACCAACAAACUCUUUGUCCGUCUCUCUUCUACUGGAAAGAGGAUCUGCGAGGUGCAGUCAGUUGACGGCACCACCAUCACGUGUUUUACGGUGCGCGAGUGUGAAGGCUCCAGCCGCAUGGGCUCCCGCCCGCGCCGCUACCUCUUCACCGGCCAUGCCAAUGGCAGCAUCCAGAUGUGGGACCUAACCACAGCCAUGGAUACGGUCAACAAGAGUGAUGACAAAACCAAGCGGGACGCUGCUGAAGUGGGAGGGCCCACAGAAGAGGAACUUCUGAAGUUGCUGGACCAAUGUGACCUGAGCACAUCGCGCUGCGCCACGCCCAACAUCAGCCCGGCCCCCUCAGUGCUGCAGCACAGCCGUCUUCGAGAGUCCUGCUCCAGUCUCCAGCUGCAGACCCAAGAUCCCAUUCCAGAGACAGCCACGUACGGCGCCCUACGGCCAUACAGAGAGAGCCCCCUGCUGGCCCGUGCCCGCCGCACCGAGAGCUUCAACAGCUAUCGUGACUUUCACAGCCUGAACCUGGCCAAAGUCCUGAUGGAGCACAAUGGGCAGUGUGGUGCGGAGGACGAGGCACGGCAGCUUGUGAGUGACAGCAAUGGUGAAGAUGGGGACAAGAAGAGUUUGGCUACAGAGCAGUGGAACUUUAGGGCCUCGGAGAGUCCAGCAGCAGCCUCCAGCCGUCAGGCCCCGGACAGCCCGGGAGACUCUCGCCGCAGGACCCACUCGUCCGACGAGGGAGACUGCCGGCCCGAGGGCAGGAGAAGGGGGACGUUCGAGGGGAAUUUCCUGAGCCGGAAGAAGGCACCUCCGGUCCCUCUGCUGAGCUCUGUACCUACGGGGGCUGACACAGGAGGCAGUGACUCCUCCAGCACUGCCUCACCCUCUCCAACUAAAGCAUCCACUUCCCCACGCCACCGCAAAGGCCCAGACAUGACGAGCGAGUGAUGCCUCAUACACUAAAUUGUACAGCAGUGGUUCUCAGCUUCUCCUGCCCUGCGUAUUUUAGCCUUUUCCGCCCUCCUCAUCUCAGCAAGGGCUCGUUAAUGAGACAGUAAGUUGGAUAAGGUGAGUUAAAGCGAUUCUCAGCGUAUUUGAGUCACGAGGCCCCCAAAAUUGUAGGACUGGGUUUUGCAAACGCCUCAACUCCCCUUAAAAUACACUACAGAAACCUUCUACACAUCCAGUGAAACACACUACAGCAGCUUUCCUCUCAUACGAGACCAGGGCUGUCAAAAAUUCACAAUUUGAAUAUUCAUCAGAUUCAAUGAAAAUAAGCAGAAAAGGUUCAUUUGAAUGUUUAAAACCUGCUGUGGCUCAUAAUGUGUUAGCAAAUAGACAGAAGAAUAUCUUUGCAAACUAGGCCUGGUGAUAUCUAAUAGUAAUAAGUAAAUUAUUUUAUAUUUAAAAGUUCAUAAAUAUCAAUUAUAUAGCACCACUCCCCUCAGCACCCCCCCACAAAUAGCUAAUCAGCCAAUCACACGGCCGCAGCUCACUGCAUUUAGGCCUGUAGAGGUGGUCAAGACGUCUUGCUGAAGUGCAGACCGAGCAUCAGAACGGGGAAGAAAGGGGAUUU